CUCAUGUCGAGUCAAAGGGAUGAUGUGGAUAUAAAUAAAUGAGGAAGUGAUGAGUCAGUCAGUUGAGAGCAGCGAGCAGAACGGGAGGAACUGUGAGCAGAGGCGACAGUACACUGAUCCCCCUCCCCUUCCCUGAAGUCCUGGUUUACCUGUCAGACCAGAGAUGAUGAAUGAUGUGGAGGAAGACGAGGACGGAGCAGAGUCUCCAGUCCCCAGCUGUUGGUCUAUGAAGAGUGACCUGUCCAAAGAUGAACCUCCAUUCUUCAGUAAUGAACCUGGACCUUCACACACACAAGGUGAGUCCUACAGACGGAGAGCAGAGUCUCCAGUCUCCAGCUGUUGGUCUAUGAAGAGUGACCGGUCCAAAGAUCGUCCUCCAGUCUUCAGUGAUGAACCUGGACCUUCACACUCACAAGGGAGGAAGAGGAGUGAUGUCUCUGUGUCCAGCUGUGCUCUGUGUCAGGACGUCCUGAAGGAUCCAGUCUCUACCAGCUGUGGACACUGGUUCUGCAGACAGUGCAUCACCUCAUACUGGGACCAGUCUGGUUCUUCAGGAGACUCCUCCUGUCCCCAGUGUGGACAAAGACCCAGAACAAGACCUGGACUGCAGACAGCCAGUCAGACCAGCACUGAACAAACAGAUAGUGGUCUGCAGGAGGUUUUAGAUCAACAUAAGAUCAGUCUGAGGAGCAGAUGUGAACAUGUGACUGAAGGAACUGAUGGAACAGGAAGUGGAACCCUCCUCAACAGGAUCUACACUGAGCUCCACAUCACAGAGGGACAGAGUGAAGAGGUUAAUACCCAACAUGAGGUGAGGCAGCUGGAGACAACUUCCAAGAUGGAGACCCUCCAUGACGCUCCAAUCAGGUGCCACGACAUCUUUAAAGCCUUACCUGACCAGCAGAGACCCAUCAGAGUGGUUCUGACCAACGGCGUCGCUGGCGUUGGAAAAACCUUCUCGGUGCAGAAGUUCUCUCUGGACUGGGCAGAGGGCUUGGAGAACCAAGAUGUCAGUCUGCUGGUUCUGCUUUCGUUCAGGGAGCUGAACCUGAUCAGAGAUCAGCAGUACAGUCUUCUCAGGCUGCUCCAUGUUUUCCAUCCAACAUUACAGAAGGUCACAGCAGAGCAGCUCGCUGUCUGUAAAGUUCUGUUCAUCUUUGACGGCCUGGAUGAAAGCAGACUGUCACUGGAUUUCAACAACAGGAAGUCUGUGUCUGAUGUCACACAGGAGUCAUCAGUCAACGUGCUGCUGACAAACCUCAUCAGGGGGAAUCUGCUUCCCUCGGCUCUCGUCUGGAUAACUUCCAGACCUGCGGCGGCCAAUCAGAUCCCUCCUACAUGUGUGGACAGGGUAACAGAAGUACGAGGCUUCACUGACGCCCAGAAGGAGGAGUACUUCAGGAGGAGAUCCAGUGAUGAAGAGCUGUCCAGCAGAAUCAUCUCACACAUCAAGACGUCCAGGAGCCUCCACAUCAUGUGUCAAGUCCCAGUCUUCUGCUGGAUCACUGCUACAGUUCUGGAGCACAUGUUGACCACAGACCAGAGAGGAGAGCUGCCCCAGACCCUGACUGACCUGUUCUCACACUUCCUGCUGGUUCAGACACAGAGGAAGAAGAACAAGUACCAUGAGGGACGUGAGACGAGUCCACAGGAGCUGACGGAGGCUGACGGGGAAGUUCUUCUGAAGCUGGGGAGGCUGGCGUUUGAACAUCUGGAGAAAGGAAACAUCAUGUUCUACCAAGAAGACCUGGAGCAGUGUGGUCUUGAUGUCACAGAGGCCUCGGUGUACUCAGGACUUUGUACUGAGAUCUUCAGAAGAGAGAGUGUGAUCUUCCAGAAAACAGUCUACUGCUUUGUUCAUCUGAGCGUUCAGGAGUUUCUGGCUGCAGUCUACAUGUUCCACUGUUACACCAACAGGAACACAGAGGUCCUGAAGGGCUUCCUGGGAAAAGACUGGGCAUAUGAAAAAAUUGAUUCAGCCAUGGAUGAUGUUUAUGAUUAUUAUGAUGUUGAUGUUGAUGAUGAUGAUGAUGAUGACGACGACGACGACGACGAUGAUGAAGUGUCUGAUUGUAUAUACCCUUCAUCAGUGGCCUUCUUCAAGAAAACAAUGACAAAAGCACUCCAAAGUAGAAAUGGUCACCUGGACCUGUUUGUUCGCUUCCUUCAUGGCCUCUCUCUGGAGUCCAACCAGAGACUCUUAGGAGGUCUGCUGGGUCAGACAGAGAACAGUCCAGAAACCAUCCAGAGAGCCAUCACCAACCUGAAGGAGAUGAACACUUAUGAUAUCUCUCCUGACAGAAGCAUCAACAUCUUCCACUGUCUGAUGGAGAUGAAGGAUCACUCAGUUCAUCAGGAGAUCCAAGAGUUCCUGAAGUCAGAGAACAGAUCAGAGAAGAAACUCUCUGUGAUCCACUGCUCAGCUCUGGCCUACAUGCUGCAGAUGUCAGAGGAGGUUCUGGAUGAGUUGGACCUGGAGAAGUUCAACACAUCAGUGGAGGGACGACAGAGACUGAUCCCAGCUGUGAGGAACUGCAGGAAGGCUCGGUUUCUUGGUUGUGGACUCUCAGAGACUCACUGUGAACUCUUGGCCUCAGCUCUGAAGUCCAGCCCUUCCCACCUGAGACACCUCGAUCUAAGUGGAAACUAUCUGCAACAUCUAGGAGUGAAGUUGCUGUCUGCUGGACUGAAGAGUCCACACUGUGAACUGGAGACUCUGAGGCUUGAUAAAUGUGAACUGACAGAGAGCUGCUGUAUUUUUCUGGCCUCAGCCCUGAGGUCCAACCCAUACCAUCUGAAAGAGCUGGACCUCAGUCACAACGCUCUGCAGGACUCUGGGGUGAAGCUGCUGUCAGCUGAGCUGGAGAGUCCAGACUCCCGUCUGGAAAGUUUGAGACUGAGGUGCUGUAGCUUGGUGGAGAACAGCUGCUUCCAUCUGGCCCCAGCUGUGAAGUUCCCUCUGAGAGAGCUGGACCUGAGUGAGAACAACCUUCAGGAUUCAGGAGUGAAGCAGCUGUUGAAGCAGCUGUCUGCCAGACUGGACACUUUACAUAGUAGACUGGAGACUCUGAGGUUGAGUGGCUGCAGUUUGUCAGAGAUCAGCUGUUCUUCUCUGGCCUCAGCUCUGAAGUCCAACCCCUCCCACCUGAGACAACUGGACCUGAGUGGAAACAACAAGCUGCAGGAUUCAGGAGUGAGUGAGCUGUCUGCUGGACUGGAGAGUCCAAACUGUGGACUGGAGACUCUGAGGCUGAGUCGUUGUCGGAUCACGCAUGAAGGCUGUUCUUCUCUGACCUCAGCUCUGAAGUCCAACCCCUCCCAUCUGAGAGAACUGGACCUGAGUCUCAACAAGCUGCAGGAUUCAGGAGUGAAGGAUCUGUGUGGUUUUCUGGAGAGUCCAGACUGUGGACUGGAGACUCUGAGAUUGAGGUUCUGCAGUUUGUCAGAGAUCAGCUGUUCUUCUCUGACCUCAGCUCUGAAGUCCAACCCCUCCCACCUGAGACACCUGGACCUGAGUAACAACAAGCUGCAGGAUCCAGAUGUGAAGCAGCUGUGUGAUCUUAAGGAGAGUCCAGACUGUCGACUGGAGACUCUCUCUCAUUAAACAAAGUUGUCAAUAUGGAUCACUCUGUUCUGAACCAAAAGACUUCAAAUUACAAAGAAAAAAAGAAUAAUAAAAGAAAAGAAGGGUUAAAUGUUGAUGAUGCAAAUCAUCAGCCCAGACGCCCUGACUUCACUUCUGUCAGUGUGUCACAAGUCACAGAUAACAGCAGGACUGGAUGCAAACUUUAAUAAACUGAGUUCGCUCAAGUAAACCGCUCUAUAACCAGGAUCAGCCUCCUCUGCUGCUGCACACACACUUCACUGUGAGAGAGUUCUCAGGUGGAGGGUUUAACUUAUCCAUUUGAAAAGAAGGUUAUCCAUAUGUGGGCGGAGCACCACGUGCACCUUACCUGGAGUGAGGCCUCUUUUUUUGUUUAAAUUUAAGAUGACCAAAACAUACUGUAAUAAUUUGAACCUGCGCUGUGAAUAUUGUCAUUAUUUGCUGUUUGUUAUAUUGAUUAUUGUUAUGAUGUAUCUCUAGGGUAGAAACUUAGCCAUAUCAUUUAUAUGUCGUAACAAAUGUCAUCACUACACAGGUAAUGUGGACAAAGAGUACCGCACCUGCCUCCUGCUUAUUGAUGGUUCUGUCAGGUGUCAAUUCAGCCUGUACUCAGUGGUGGUGAGUGACGUCAACAUCAUGUGAUGAUGUGUUUGUGUUUCUCCCUCCUGAAGUGGAUGAAGUUGACAAACCAUCAGAGGCAACGUAGAGCGGGUCAGCAGAGAAACGGCUCGGAAACGUAGACGUCAUCAUGACGCCAUAGACUGAUGUGAUUUGUUUUUUGUGUGUAAUUGUAUGGUUGUGUGAUUUUACAUUUCUAAGGAAGAAGGUUAGUGCCACGUGAAAUUUAUUUAUUUCAUAAUUCUGAUUUUCUUUUUUUAAUUCAGAAUGUGUUUUUGCAUGUGGCCCUAAUCCUCUUCCGUACAUUUCUGACGUAGGGUGCGUAUUAAAUGUUAAAUGUUCGAUUCUUAAUCUGAAGGUACUUCUGAUUAAAUAAAGAUAAUAAAAGCAAAAACUUACCUGAGAGUUGCACGUUGA